CCAUCAUCCAUGGUUUCAAGCUCGCCAUCAACUCUCUCCGCCAAAGUCCUAGUACAACAACCCAUCCUCCCAGCAUAACCAGACCGCGAGUAGUCGACCGUGACUAGUACCUAUCCUCUCCAAGUAUCGACCUUUACUAUAUAACAUGUCCACCGGACCAACAGGCGCCGUUCCCACAGCACCUCCUCCAGCUGUAACCUCCAAGUCAGCUGAUGGCGCCUACGUACCGGCAAUGCAGCAGGCAGGAUACUACCCGCCCAACAUGCAGCCGCCCGUGUACGUCCAGGGCAUGCCACCAACCGAUCUGCGCGGUAUAUGCCUUCGGCAAGGACAUGUCCCGGUCGAGUCGUUUGGCGCCAUGGGUAUUGUCGCUGCUAUCUGUUGCUUCCCCAUUGGCAUCAUCUGUUGUAUAAUGGAUCGUCGGGAGCAGUGCUCUCGGUGUGGGGAGGUUUUACAGGCAGGAUGCAGCAAUUAGUGAAUGCCGGUUCCUUCUCUCGUACUCCUUAUUGGUGUUUGUUAUACCCUCGGGACUUUUAGCUAUAGCUUCUAGACACGUGUGAUG